CCGGGGCCCGUGGAUGCUGCGUGCGGAGGCGCUGCCGGUUACGUAAAGAUGAGGGGCUGAGGUCGCCUCGGCGCUCCUGCGAGUCGGAAGCGCCCGCGCCCCCGCCCCCUUGGCCGCACCGCGCCGCGCCGCGCCGCGCCGCUGCUUAGUCGUCCGAGGCCAGGGCCCGGGGCGAGCCGGAGCUCCGCAGCCGCCGUCAACUUUGGCCGCGCCGGGGCCGCCCGUCGCCCGCACCAUGUCCGCGGCCGCCUAUAUGGACUUCGUGGCCGCCCAGUGUCUGGUGUCCAUCUCGAACCGCGCUGCGGUACCGGAGCACGGGGGCGUUCCGGAUCCCGAGCGCGAGGGGACCAAGGAGCACGGCGACCCGGGGGACACCUGGAAGGAUUACUGCACGCUCGUCACCAUCGCCAAGAGCUUACUGGACCUGAACAAGUACCGGCCCAUCCAGACCCCCUCGGUGUGCAGCGACAGUCUGGAGAGUCCCGACGACGACCUGGGCUCCGACAGCGACGUGACCACCGAAUCUGGGUCGAGUCCUUCCCACAGCCCCGAGGAGAGACAGGAUUCUGGCAGCGCGCCCAGCCCGCUCUCCCUCCUCCACCCCGGCGUGGCCGCGAAGGGGAAACACGCCUCCGAGAAGAGGCACAAGUGCCCCUACAGUGGCUGUGGGAAAGUCUAUGGAAAAUCCUCCCAUCUCAAAGCCCAUUACAGAGUGCAUACAGGUGAGCGACCCUUUCCCUGCACGUGGCCAGACUGCCUUAAAAAGUUCUCGCGUUCAGAUGAGCUGACCCGCCACUACCGGACCCACACCGGGGAGAAGCAGUUCCGCUGCCCGCUGUGCGAAAAGCGCUUCAUGCGCAGUGACCACCUCACCAAGCAUGCCCGGCGGCACACCGAGUUCCACCCCAGCAUGAUCAAGCGGUCGAAAAAGGCCCUGGCCAGCCCUUUGUGAGGUGCUACCCGCCGCCAGCCAGGGAGGGAUUGGACCCCAGAAGGACAAAACGACACCCAGGAAACGAGAUGGACACCAUGGACACCCAGCCCCAGCAGAGGCGCGCCCACCCACAGUGGACAUUCUCUGCCCUCUGAUCAAUGAUUUCUGAUUUUUUCUUCUCCUCCAACCUCCCCCCCCCCAACCCACUACAUUGUCUGGUUUUAAAGAAGCACAUGGUAGCCUGAGAUCAAAGUCCACACGUGCUCCCCAUUGCGGACAGCAGCCCCGAACCCCAGCUUUGACUGUGGGAAGGUGGGCAAAUGCUUUGGGGGAGGGGGUGUAAUGUGUUUUUUUUUUCUCCCCUCACUUCCUUUGUUUUCUUUUUGGGGUGGAGGGGAGUGUGGGGGAGAGGAACAAGGCCAAGACUGGGGUAGAAUGUUUGAAGAGAUUCACACUGGUGUACAUAGGUAUGGCUGGGUGAGUUGAUCUGUGGCAGUCACAGACAUUCUGGACCCUUUCUGCUUGCUGUCCCUCAGAAUUGUUUUCUUCCUUUUUAAUGUAAUGAUGAGUGUGCUUCCGUUUGUUUUUAGCAAAAAAACACUCUCUUGAAUCACGUUAACUUUUUGAGAUUUAAACACACACACACACACACACACACAAAAACCAACAAAAAAAAUUAUCCAUGAGAACAACAACUCCAUAGCACAGCUGUCUUUAUGCAAGCAAGAGCACACCUCUUUCCAGCAUGGUCUGUCAUCUAAAGACUUGAAAAACAAACCAAGUUACUUCCAGUCCAUGGGUAAGCAGAGUCUGAUUUUUGUACUAAUCAAGGCAAACCUGCAAAGGGUUAGGCUAAGAACGGAACUUACACACCUUGCUUUGUAUGAAUCUUGAACAUAAUCUGCACUUUUCUUUUCUAAUGCAGAGGAUACAUUCAGUUAAAUACAUGUGUUGAGGCUAGAAGCAGACGUUCUAUUUUGGCAUCAUGUUCUGAUCUGCUUCUUGUACAUGUUUCUCUAAGAAACCAUGGCAGAGACGUGAGGGCAGAAUACACACCACACAAGCUGAGGGAAGAGGGUGGGUAGCAUUUUUCAAAAUACAAAGUACACUUUUAACUCUAUGAACUCGUCUGGUUAUCAUCAUCUUCUACCACAAUACCACUAAGAGAGAGAGAGAGAGAAAACUUCCAACCCUGUCCGGUGUUAACUGAAUGGGUGCAGAACACUGACCAGGCUUGGAAACACCUGAUUCUUUUUUUUUUGUUUUGUUGUUGCUGUUAUUGUUGUUGUUAUUGUUUGGAGUGAGGAGGAGUGCUAGUCUAUUUCCUUCUCAUCUUCCUAUAAAACUUCCACUGUCAGGUACAAGAGUUAUAGCCAAGGAAAGGGAGCUGAAAUAUGAAAAAAAAACUUUUUUUAAAAAAGGUGCCCCUAGAAGCAAAGGGAAAAUACCACAGUGAUUUCAGAGGCGACGGCAAAGUGACUGUAGGCAAAUGAAAUCACACCCCCAUCAAAUAACCUCGCCACCGCAGGGUGCAUCUAGGUGUCCACAGAGGCCUGAACCACUACAUCCAUCCAUACUACGCCAUUUACCAAGAACUUCAUUUUGGCCUUGACAUGCCAGAAAAACCAACUUGAGUGUUCACAGUUUGAAACUAUCCUUACAGCAAAUAAAAGAGAAAGAAGAAAAAGAAAGGAAAAAAACAACCUCAAAUACAGGGAGUCAGCAGUGAUCAUGGGGAAAAUGUUUACAUUUUUUUUUUCUUCUUCAGAAAUAACACUUUCUGGUGAUCCAAACAGGGAGCUAAUGGUGCAUUCUAGUAGACCCAUGUGCUCACAAAUAUAUUAUGUAAUUGCAAGGUGCUCCCUGUCCACGAACUCCAUUCUUUCAUCCAACGCAUGCUUCACCUAGAACCAGGGGCUCCUAUAGGGGCAAGUCACAGCUGACUCCGACUUCCAAUACAACAGCCAUCGCUAGCACGGUGUUUUUCUUUUCUUUUCUUUUUCUCUUUGUUUAAUCGAUGUAGUUCUAUUAGUAGUUCUAACAAGAGAACUCCUUUUAACAUGAGGAUCUGGGAGCAGUCCAUGGGCUUAAAAAAAAAAAACAAAAAAGAAAAAAAAAAGGAAAGUGUUUUCUCACGAGAAAACAUGUCAGGAAAAAUAAAGAACACUUUCUACCUCUGUUUCAGAUUUUUGAAACGCUUAUUUUAAACCAAAUUUUAAUUUCUGUGUCCAAAAUAAGUUUUAAGGACAUCUGUUCUUCCAUACGAAAUAGGUUAGGCUGCCUAUUUCUGAGCUCACAGAAAGGCUGUGCUUCGGAUACUCUGCAUGCUGCCUUUUUCCGGAAGUGAGGAGUUUGGGGUUGCCUAGCAACUUGCUAACUUGUAAAAAAAAAAACAAGAAAAAGAAAAAAACAAAAAUAAAA